AUGGCAAUUUUAAAGUUUUUAUUUGUAGCAUCCUUUUCCAUCUUUGGAUUGGUCUACACCGAGAAUGUGAAAUUUCAAGAAAAAUUUUUUUUUAAUUCGCUGGGGCUCUCGAGUCGGCCAAAACCAUCAAAUCAUGCUGCUGUGCCCUCUUCGCUUUGGAGAAUCUUCAAGAAGACAGAUAAAAUACGCACGGAAACUGAUCCAUGUACUGUGUCAGAGUAUGGAGUCAGAGGAAACAUUGUGAGAUAUGUCCUAGAUCAAGGUAGACUGAUUUCAGAAUCGAACCACCACUGCCCAAUGUGUGUGGAAAAGCAUCUGUUUUUCAACAUGUCCGUGCUCGAAAAAAUUGAGCAACUCUCGUUUGCACAGCUGGAAAUAAAGUUCAAACAAGAUUUUUUUCGCAUGUCGCAGAAAGCGGCACAUCGUGCCUUUACCAUGCACCUCUACAAAGUCUUAAGGCCCACAUUAAAGGGAAUGAAUCAUGCAUUUAGCCGCAGACUGCUGUUCUCUCAGUCGGUUCACUAUCAGUACACUCACGGUGCUAUUAAUUUUAACUUCACUGAUCUGGCAGAAUCGUGGAGACAACCAGGCAAAAACUACGGUAUGAUACUGGUUUUCCAAUUCACCCAAAUCAGCAACAGCCUCAACUCGGUUGAGUAUGACCAUGUGAGUGCAAACUCACACAGUCAUAUAGAGAUCCCAGAGCUUGUCACAUCGCUAGUGGUUGUAUCUUUGAACCCUUAUCAGUGUAGAUCAAGGAAGAAGAGGAGCGCCUACUAUUUACCGAUUGCCCCCAGCAAUGUGUGCAGACCGAGGCGGCUUUACAUUGACUUCAAAGAUGUUGGGUGGCAAGACUGGAUCAUUGCUCCACAGGGCUAUAUGGCGAAUUACUGCCAUGGGGAGUGUCCGUUUCCGCUCAGUGAAAGCUUGAACGGGACCAACCACGCCAUUUUGCAGACUCUAGUCCAUUCGUUCGAACCAAAAGAGACCCCCCAGCCUUGUUGCGUCCCUAUCAAGUUAUCGCCCAUUUCUAUGCUGUAUUAUGACAACAAUGACAAUGUUGUUCUCAGACAUUAUGAGGAUAUGGUGGUAGAUGAAUGUGGUUGCAGAUAA